CUCGAGUAGACGGAUGCUGAAUGCAUGCCUAGUCAAGGCAGCAAGCACGCCAGCGGCGCGGCGGACGAUGCUUACGAAUGCAAACUAACCUUUAUUACGCUGGCUUGUCGCGCGUGGAAGUGCAGCCCAGCGCCUUGGAGCCAUGAAAAGAGGCAGCCAACCGGGUUCCAGAGCGGCUCACCAGCCGAGUUCUGCCCACCAGCGAGGCGCUUCACACCCAGGUGCUGGUGGGGGCCGCGGUGCAAAUCGAGGUGGUGGAGCCAAUACCUUUGGCCAUGCAGAGGAGCGUCCACCACCGCACCAGACAAGAGGAGGCAACAGUCAGGCUGGAGGCAACAGCGAAAAAAGCCAACAGAAGCAUGAGAGCAAGCACAAGGGUCAACCUCGCGGAGGCCACGCAAGGGGUGACCGAGGUCGCUUCCAAAGAGGCCGCUUUCACUCGAGAGGACGAGGUGGCGUUAAGGCACAGCCACCCUGCUCGGGCAAAAAUGGAGGCGGGGCGCUUAGUGCAGGACAAAACUUGCUCUGCUUCAAGCGAGCACUGCGUCACAAAACGGCCGAUGACGAAACUUCUAUGGUCUCAGAAAGCGACAGCUGCGCGUUCAGUGUUUCCGACUUUGGUGAUGCAAUGAGCGAAUGCGGCUUCAACGAUGGUCAGUUUUACGAUGGUGGCAAGACCUUGCCGGAAGAUCAAGACACGGGUCAAGAUGAGUACACUUUAUUGAAGGUGGACAACUUCGAAGACCUGACAGAUGCCGUGUUGUCGACUGGCAACGAGAAGGCCGGUCCUUUAAGCAUGCGCACACAGCAGCCGGUUCUGAAUGCCCACGCGGUGCUCGCUUCGCCGGCGCUCGCAUCAGUCGGUUGGAUAAGUGUCUUCUGGGACAUUGAGAAUUGUGCGGUUCCCAACGGAGUUCCGGCGUACGACAUAGUGCGCAAGGUGCGCCAGACGUUCUACAAAGGCCUCCGGGAAGCGGACUUCUUGGUUGCUUGCGAUAUCAGCCGCAUGAAGCCUACUGUCAUGAGCGAGCUCACUGAAGCUCAUGUUACCUUGAUGCACGUGCCGGGUGGCCAAAAGAACGCGGCCGACGAGAAGCUACGCUCCGAACUGCGGCGGUUCUCAGACACUUACAAGCUGACUGGUUCGCGCGUAGUGCUCAUAUCGGGCGACGUUGACUUCGCGGCGGAGAUACACGAGAUUCGAUACAAGAACCUCAUCCACGUCGCGCUUAUCCACAAUGACCAGGCAAAGCGGUCCCUUACGGACACGGCCAACCAGAGUAUCCGCUACGGAGAAUUUGUUGCGGACAUCAAGAUGGUCGAAAGGGCGAAGGAAGCUAAAGCGCCUAUACAAACCAGGCAGAACAAGCCAUUACCCAAGAAACCAAUGCAGAUAGACAAGGUUAAUAACACCCAAGCCCCUGCUAGCGUAUGCAAAAAGACUGCAGAAUCAAAACCUUCGGGACAAAACGGGGCAGCCAAGAAGCUGGCUAAACAAUCCCAGAAAAACAGUGUUCAAGCGACAGGGAACACUUUCAGCGCAGCCGCACCUGCGGCUAGAGGCACAAACGGAAUGUGUGCCAACAACAAAAAAGAAACAAAAACUGACAACAUGACGACAGGGAAAGCCAUUCUCACCAAAGUUGGACUGCUCGUUCGUCAACAGCCUAAAAAUUUGCAACACUGGCAGAGCUUCCUUACCAAACUGAACAUCCCUCAGGACUUCAGCCUCGAAAUCGGAAAGGAUAAGGACGUCAUUUGUCUGGUUUACUCCAGCACUAAAAAGUCCAAAAAAGCCGUAGCAGCUUUGAACAAACAAAUAAACGGGGAAGGCGACAUGGUGAAGUGCUUGGGAAUACUGUCCGACAAGACUGUCCCAUGCAACGUAGUACGCUCACCGGACGGACCCCUCUCCUCAAAAAAUGUAAAAGAAGCAACCAACUAUAACGAAGCAUUACGUAAGUCUGUCAGACAGAAGAUCGCUUCUAUGAAAGGUAAUGAUCAGGCUGCGAAGGAAACGCGUUUGGCUCUGGAGAAACUUGGAGAAUCUUACGCAGCUCAGCUGAAUGAGUUCAUGGCUACUUUGGGCAAGAUCUCAACAUCAUCGCAAGAGGCACACUCUAUUAGGACGAAGGAAGUGCUGAGGCUACGGCGGGCCUCGCCACUUUAUGGCGUGAAAUCCAGGCUGUUUGAGGCCCUUGAGAAGCGUAAGAUCGUCUUCCUGGUGGCUCCACGUGGAUCCACGUCUUGCCUCGAAGUGCCUUCAUACCUGCGUGAUCUAGGCUCCCGCGUGCUCAGCAUUCAGCCCAGUGACAUCGCCGCCGAGCAGUGCGCUAAGCACGCGGCGAGUGUUAGCGGGAUAGGAGUGGUGGAGUGCUGGCGCGCUGCAAGGCAGCAGGUCAGCCCACAGUCGACAGUCGUGUUCACGACUGCGCGCCGCUUCUUUCACGAGUUCAUGCGCUGCGGAACAACGUUGGCGAGCUUCCAGGCUAUCGUCGUCGACGCUCUUCAAGAAGACAGUGCAUACCAACGCAUCGUCCUGGCAGUGUUGCGCAUGCACUUCUUACAUCGCGUGCACCUUGUUCUGUCCGGAAGCGAGAGCUGCGCCUGCUCAUCUGUCCAGCAGACGUUCUGCCUGGGUGACCAGGACAUAGUGAAAUGCUAUGUUCAGUUUCCUGUGGAGGUCAUCUGGAAGGAGCGGCCGAUGAACUUGAAUGUUGCAUCCGCGAGCGUUGCCGCCACGAUCGAGUUCUGUCAAAAAUGCGGCACAGGUGGAGACAUAGUUGUCUUUUUGCCCUCUCUGGCGGACGCGUUCCUCGCCGACGCACUGCUGGAAUACCGAAAAAACACAGGUCAACUCGAGAGAAGAGUCCGCCAUGAGGUCUUAUUACCUGGGAACACGUCGCUUUCAAAGUUUAGUACGCCAUCACUGAUGGACUGGAGAGUAGUUUUCGCUGUGGAAUAUCCCGAUGCCAUCGCUGGCACACUUCACGUGCGCUGCGUCAUUGACAGCGGUCUGACACGCACUAUCGUUAACCGGAAUGGUGUUUUAGUCGCCCAACUUGCGUACAUAUCAGAGGCAGAGGCCGACGAACGGAAAGCUCUGGUCGGACACCGGCUGAAAGGAGUUUGCUAUCGCCUGUAUACCCGGGACGCCUUCACUUCUUCGCUAUCAGUCGAUGAAAAAAACUCCCGCUUCAUUGAAGACAUUGUUCUUCGCCUAGCACGACAAAUGAGCAAUGUUGCACCAUAUCUCGAAAAGAUACCAAAGGAGUUUGUGACGAAUGCGAAGAAAGCACUUGCAGGUAUCGGGGCGUUGGAUUCAAAUGGGCGCCUUACAGAUUUGGGCGCUAAACUUUGCGAGAACAGCCUAGAGCCUAGACUCGGUAAAUUGGUACUGGGAUCACUGGACAAGGCCGCUCCCUUGAACGCUGUGCUGACCUCUGCUCUAGCUUACGAGGAAGUACUCGCUACUUACAGACCCCUCAACAAGGACGGCACAGAACGAGAAUUUCAGCGCUCUGAAGGAGACUGCGUCUUUUCUCGAAUCACUGACUUAUACAAGAACUGGCUCGCUGUCCCCAAGAAAAUGAAGAGCGCGUGGUGUGAAGUGAACGGCGUUCAUGAAACUUUUAUCAGUCACCUCCACAGCACCGUUCUAGCUAUUCAGUCAGAAUUUGACGCUCUCAGGGGGAAAAACCUGAACUCAGAUUCAACAAAGCAGGACAAAGACGUCACAAUCACAGUGGCCGAACUGCUCGCCGAAUCCUAUCCACAAUGCUUGCUCCAAGCCUCAGAACGGGGCUUCAGUAGCCCCACGCUUGGAAGCAAGCUUCAGGUGUCGCCACUAUCAGUGCUCGGCGUCAAGGCUGGGCAAGCGAAAAAUGUAGUAUGCUGCCUAUUCUCUCUGAUGCCUGGAGCAAGAAAGCUGCAGCUCCUUAACUUUUCAUCUCUUCCAAACAAAGACGACACUUCUGAGACCAAAGAAGAAUCGCCACUGUCGCCGUCAGAACUUCCGCACAUUCAAAAAAGGUUCGGGCCUAUUGGGAACCUUAUCUGGAACCAACAGUUCAACACGCCGCAAGUGCUGCAAUCUAUAGAAGACAAGCUGCGAAACGAGGUGCAUGGGAAAGCAGGGUCGCUCAUGAUCGACGCCAAAGCUCAGUGCAUUGUCAUCAGAGGUUCUGAGCAAUACUGUAUUGAAGCUCGACAAUACCUCCAAAGCAUCGUCACUGAUCAGGUGGCAAAACUUGCCAGGAAGGACAGAGAGGCUCUCCUCACACCACCCGACUCGCCCUAUAGUACACAUCCCAUUCUGGUUGUUAUCAGCGUCGGAGGUCGAGUGGACGAAAUCCUAUCGCCAACUAAUUUUCGUUCCCUCGUGGUUGGCGAUGUAAAGAUUCCGCUUGCUGAUUUUCGAAAGCUGGUCAACAGGCUCGGAGAUAUUGUCCAGUACUGGUUUCUCAAGAAGGACAAUGCCUUCCAGAUCACGUACAAGACGGCGAAGGAAGCCGACGCUGCUUACAACUCACUCUCUGAGCAAAAUAGCGACCUGACAGUUUCCGUUAAGGGUGAGGCUCUAGCAUACCGCGACGAGCAAAAGCACCGGAGAUCGGCGUUCCACGCUCAGGUGUCUCUCUUACGGCGUCGCUGCACGGGCAUUGCCUUCGCUGAGCUGCCAGACCAGGCAUCCAUGGACCGCAUCGUGGGGUCGCUGCCACUACAUUUACAGCUCGACGGCGUUGUGGUGACUUGUGAACGAAACAAGAAUGCAUCCUGUGGGCUCUUCAUUAAGGGCUUAGCGCCAGGCACUGGCCAGACAGCUGUGGAAAAUCUCCUUCGCUCCUCAUUGCCCGUAGGUUUGAAGAGCGUUCGUCUCAUUCGCGAACCCAAGCUCGAGACAACUUCUCAGGAGCUCCGAGCGCUGGAAGAAGCCGUGCGCAGCAUAUUCGAAAGAGAAGCUGGUACCGAAGUACCAAAGCUCAGCCUUCAGAAACCAAAGGACAUGGACUACGCUUUCAAAGGCUGGGUGUCUUUUGAAGACGCCACCGUGGCACAGCGCACAUGUGCGCUUCUCAAAGGGGCCCCGGUUUCCACAGACGUUUCCCAGGGUUCUGCGAUCACACUGCCUCUCACCAUUCACACCUUAGUGCAAGAGGCCUUCUUCUUUCCCCGCCUUUUCUUUGCGGCCAUACAAGACCGAGUCAAAGCCGAGCUCCAUUGCCAAGAAGGUAUUCGGCCUGAGGACAACCUCAAAUGUGAUGCGACGCCCUGCGGACCAGCGGUAGUUCGCGUCAGUCUGCGUGCCAAUAACCUGCACGAUUUCCAAAAAGCCGUGCUGCUCUUCAAUAGGCUGAUCAGCUCAGAGGCAGUGCUCAUCGAAGAAUCGCCACGACCAGAGAUAGUAGCGGCUGUUGUCAAUGCCGUCGCACCUGAAGGUGGCGUCUACGUGAUUCAGAAGCCUGGUGGUACGCGGCUGGUUGGUGACGAGGAACUCGUCUCCGCUGCCGUGGAGGUGCUAAAGAAGCGCAUCAAAGCACAGGGCAAGCACAAGAGAAAGAAAUUGGUCCUCGUCGGCGACGAUUUCAGCACGCUGAGAUCAUUUGUGGGCAAGUUCGGCCACGACCCAUGGGAACUGGCGAAGGAAUGCAAACUGGAAGCGGCACAGUUCGAUGCAAACUUCGAGGCAAUCAAUGUCGUCGGAUUGGACACAGCAAUUGAACGUGCAGAGCAACUGGUGAGCCAACUGUCAAGAAGUCCCAUAAAGGUUGAAUCCACUUCCCAGUCUGAACGCUGCCCAAUUUGUCGUGAGCCACCGUACCUUUCCAAAGGAAGGGAGGUUUCGGUGGAUGGGCAUCGUCUAGAACUGUGCGGCCAUUGGCACUGUGUGUCAUGCCUGCUGCUGGCCUUCAAACAGGCCCCACUGCCACUAGCAUGCUUCGAGGAAGACUGUGCAUCACCGUGGGCCAUGGCUGACAUCGUCUAUGUGGCAGGGAAUGACCCUCGACUACUAAGAGACCUUGCCCGUAGGUCGUUUGAAUCUUCUGUGGCAUCGGAUGCGAUUGGACGGUGGUCUCCCUGCCCCAUCCCCGAGUGCCACUUUGCAUUGGACGCCCACAGAGAUAUCGAGGAGCAGGGUGUGCAUGUCUUGGGUGACGUGCAUGUCUGUCCUGGAUGCACCAAUGCUGUCUGCUUCCGGUGCCGUUCUCUGUACCACUAUGGAAUGUCGUGUACUGCCUUCAGAGCCUCCAUGUUACCUACCAAUGGUACUGCUGCCGACAAACAGUCAUGGCUGGUCCAGGACCCUGGCAAGCAUCUAGUGUGCCCCUCGUGCAACACUAACUUGGAACGCCAAAGUGCUAGCAAAGUGGAUGCCUGCUGGGCCUGCCGGCGCCUCUUUUGCUGGCACUGCCACCAGAGCUUCGAGGACGAUGCGACAGCCGCCAGGAACCACCGCACCCAAAUUUGCGCAGCCGCACAUGAAUAGCACACGUCUUGCAGUAUGUGCAACAGCAGUUGCAAACAGCUUUUUGCAACUGGUGUUUACAUGCAACACCAACUUUUUUUUUGAUAAUGUUAUAAUGGGGCUACCUCUUGCUUGUGCACGUAAGAACGUGCCUAUCAUGUUCGACACUCAGUGCCAUAACAGACAAGCACUACAGCACAGCCCAUGUGUGCUCUGUUGCUGUUUGUUGUAUCAACACUCAGUAACUCGCUCCUACCCCACUUUCUUCUCCGACUGCACAAGUGCCUCAAAGAUGCAUUAAUGUCAUAAAACUGUCGGGCCUUCUUAAUAGCACAGGGUAUUUACACCAGCCAUUUUUUCAUCACUCUUAUAAACAGUGUGAGACAACACAGCAUGUAAACAGCUUUAAGUUGCUCCACAGUGAGCUUAACCAGAUUGAGUGAUACAUUGCCACCAGACUUAUGUAACAGGAUUGAAGAAGGGGCGUUUCAAGUAGUAAUAAUUCACUACCCACAUCACUGCUCCUACUUUUAAGUGUUGUCUCUAACUAGCUGAUUGUCUCUAAGUAGACACAUGAGAAAAAUGGCUUGGCGUGACCUUCGUCUCGAUGGCUAUCCAUCGACAGCAGUGACAGGCAGCAAGCAUUUUGAAGCUGAAAGCAUCAGGAAACAAGGAACGGUGGGAUGUGCAAAUGCUAUUUAUCAUACUUUAAGAGUGAGACUAGCUAAAAAGGAGGAGAGAGCUAGCAUACUGCACACCUGCACCUGCACAGCUGACACCUGCACAGAAGCCAGUAGCAUGAGAAAAAGAAACGCAGAAAAAACAGGGAAGUAACAAAGAUAAGUAUGAGAGUGCAUGGAGCAAGCAGAGGCUUUGAAUGCACUGUGUACAAACCAGGAAUGUAACUGUUUGGUACCCCAGCCCAGUUUCUUUGCACAUUGCAGACAAGCUAUAAUCAAUCCUCGCCAAUCACUAAUGUUGACCAUACUACAACGUGCCUCAGCUUGCAUACAGGCACAUCCAGAAAGGCAACGUAGACACUGUGAAGGUCUGUAGUGCAGUGUAUCAAAUGGUGUUUAUGAAUUAUGGUGUUUAUGAAUUUUUAUGGCAUGUAAUUAGUGACUCCAUUUGCCUACUACUGCGACAUGUCUGUGCUCAAAAUGAUAUCAGAUGGCAUGUGUCAGAAAUUUUGGCAUUGAUUAUGCAGUUUAAAAAAAAAAGAACUGACCCUGCCACCCAGUACACUUCCUUCAACAAGCCUGUACGUUUCGUCAUCUUAUAGCAGAAGCACAAACUUUGUUUAACACAGUAAAAAUGUAUGAAAGGACGAAAGUAGUGCCAGCUAAAUAGGGUGACAUCAAUGCUUCUGAGAAAGGUACAAGCACACAAAAGCAUCAAUAGAUAGCCCACUUUCACCAAAGAUUAUGCGUUAUAAGCUUUAGAAAUAUGGCCCAUGGCAUUCCUGCAAGCAGUCAUCAACAUCUCACAAGGAAGACAUUAGUCUCCACAAUCAUAAGCAAAUUUACUGGUGGCUGACAGGCAUCAUUGUUAUGAAAAGCCAAGUGCCUACUGUUAGCCACAUCGCUUUCCAUUUCACGGACAUCAGCUGGUUUGCCACUAACCUUACGGUCAUUUUCUUGCGCUUGCUCACAAGCUGCGUGCGUGAAUCCCGAAUUAAUGUGCGGGAUUAAUGCAUGCUGUGCAAGGGGGCCAGCAUGAGGUGACAUGUACAUGUCGGGCAGUUGUUUUGUCAUGGCUGGAAUAACACAGCUCCACAUUGCAGUCAGCACGACUAUAAGAUGAGAGUGAGCUGGCAUUUGAGCUACUAAAACGAACAAUGGCACACACAAUGAGGGUGACAGGUAAAGCACGGAUUGGCAUUGCAUGUGCUUUAUUUUAAUUUUAGUUAAUGCAAUGCACAGUCAUUGUAGUGUGCAAUGACCACAUGUGCAUACAUGUUUCUUGUACCAACAAUUCAUGAUACUGGACAAUCUUGCUAGCGGCUUUUUCAUAGAUGGUAGCUAGCUAGCUUGCUUAAACUUUUGAUUGUCCUGUUGUGUUAGUGUUUGCCAUCAGUUCCUAAAUUGUGGCAAGUGACAUGUAAGUAGCUUGUGAUGUAAGCUUUCUAAAUGUUUUCAAAUAAACAAAAUACAAUGCUUGCACACGAAGCCUAAAGUGUGCAACUACAA